AUGGAGCUAAUACCUCGAGGUGCACCUACAAACACUUCAAAUCAUGUGAUCCCCCCUACGUACGAAGGAACCACCGGUGCAACCGUUCUUUUCCGCUGGUAUGAGGAGAUGGAAAGUACAUUUCUCAAUUGUCAAUGCCCUGACAAUCGCAAGGUUCGUUAUGCUACUGGCCGCUUGUUGGGAAACGCACUCACUUGGUGGAAUGCUGAAAAGAAUACGCGUGGUGCUGAAGCCGCAGUGGCUUUGACAUGGGAACAACUGAAGGAACUAAUGACUGAAAAAUUUUAUCCUCGGCACGAGAUUAAGAAACUUGAGGAUGAAUUUUGGGUUUUGGAACAAGACAGUGGAGAUAACAUGGCAUAUAAUAAGCGGUUUCAUGAGUUGAGUAAGAUGUGUCCGUACUUAUUCACACCACUCACUCGUCUUAUAGAGCAGUACAUCAAGGGUUUGCCGCCUGUUAUAAAGGACACUGUGGAAGGUAGUAAACCCGAAACCCUAGAGGCAGCUAUGCGACUUGCUGGUCAACUUACUGAGAACCGUAUUAAAUCAAAGCAUCUGAACCGUAACGGGGUCAAGGGGUCAUCUAGUGAGGCUCCUGCUGAAGAGCCGAAAGAGGCAAGAAAAACUAGGAUCGAAUCUCCCUCCCACUCCAACAAAAAGAAGCAUAGGGACAACGAGAAGAACUAUGCAGUAACCACACCAAAUAAAAAACCUUAUACCGGUUCUUUUCCUAAAUGCAACCAUUGCCAAUAUCACCAUCUACCCAACUUCCCAUGUCGACAAUGUACUGGCUGUGGACGUUUUGGCCACUUAGUCGAUGCAUGUCGCAUCCUCCAGAACCAAACCACUAACAAGCCAUGA